UAAGCAUAGAGUCAUCGGAAAGAAUCAAAUUUUUGUAACCAAAAAAAGAAAGAAUCAAAUUCCAUCGAUAUGCAGGUCUAUAGUACCUGCAAUCAUUCACUAAUGAGAUUAGCACAUUCCUCCAAAUUGCUAUGCUUUUCAAAUCAUUUCCACGCCCCCUCUUCACCUACGACCCCAAAGUUCCCAUCUUCAUUGCCGCCACCAUGUCCACUGUUUCCACUGAGAAUGAGACUUCCACCCAGAAAGUGCACCAUCCUUUGCAGGUUGCAAAGCGCUUAGAGAAGUUUCAGACUACAAUCUUCACCCAAAUGAGUAUGCUUGCUGUCAAACAUGGAGCCAUAAACCUUGGUCAAGGAUUUCCCAACUUUGAUGGUCCAGAAUUUGUAAAGGAAGCAGCAAUUCAGGCAAUCAGGGACGGAAAAAAUCAGUAUGCCCGGGGUUAUGGAGUUCCAGAGCUAAACAAUGCCAUUGCUGAAAGAUUUAAGAAAGAUACUGGACUAUUGGUUGACCCUGAAAAGGAAGUUACUGUUACAAGUGGGUGCACGGAAGCCAUUGCUGCAACUAUAUUAGGAUUAAUAAAUCCUGGUGAUGAGGUGAUCAUGUUUGCUCCUUUUUAUGAUUCUUAUGAAGCCACUUUAUCCAUGGCUGGUGCAAAAAUAAGAAGCAUCACUUUGCGCCCUCCAGAAUUUGCUGUCCCGAUUGAAGAGCUGAAGUCCACCAUUUCAAAGAAUACCCGUGCCAUUCUUAUAAAUACUCCUCACAACCCUACUGGAAAGAUAUUUACUCGAGAGGAACUCAGUGCCAUUGCAUCUCUUUGCAUUGAGAAUGAUGUCCUGGUUUUCACUGAUGAAGUUUAUGAUAAGUUGGCAUUUGAUAUGGAGCACAUUUCGAUGGCUUCUUUGCCCGGAAUGUUUGAAAGGACAGUAACAAUGAACUCCUUAGGGAAGACAUUCUCCUUAACAGGAUGGAAGAUUGGGUGGGCCAUAGCACCCCCACACUUAACAUGGGGAGUGCGACAGGCACACUCUUUCCUCACUUUCUCAACCUCCAAUCCUAUGCAGUGGGCAGCUGCAGUUGCUCUUAGAGGACCAGAUUCUUACUUUAUAGAGCUAAAGAGGGAUUAUAUGGCAAAGAGAGCUAUUUUGGUGGAAGGAUUGAAGGCCGUAGGCUUCAAGGUAUUCCCAUCCAGUGGAACCUACUUUGUGGUUGUAGAUCACACCCCUUUUGGACUUGAAAAUGAUGUUGCAUUUUGUGAAUAUCUAGUUAAGGAGGUGGGAGUGGUGGCAAUCCCUACUAGUGUAUUUUACUUGAAUCCUGAAGAGGGAAAGAAUCUAGUAAGGUUUACUUUCUGCAAGGAUGAGGAAACUCUUAGGGCCGCUAUUGAGAGGAUGAAGGAGAGGCUUAGAAAAUAAUCCCAACGUAUGAUCAAGUCAUGUGAUAUAUGUUGGAUUGGAGACAUUUUCUUUUUUAGAAA